AUGGAGGUGAUAGAAUUGCAAAUGAGCGAAGAAUUACCUCCAAGGUCUGUGAUCGUAGAUCUACGAUCACUCAUUUCCAAAAGUAGAAAAUUUCCGGACUUAAAAGCGUCACUUUUCAAAUCGGUAGGACCUGCCGACAUUGGAAAUCGUCUUGUUGAUGUUACCCCAGAGGGUAAACUCGUGGUUUUGCAACGGAUCGACCGAGAGCAGCUUUGCUCCCUUUAUCCUAUCCCUGUUCUGCCUGGUUCUCAAUCGGAUUUUGGGGAUCUCCCAUCAGGUACUUUCAGUCACUCCUCCCAACCAAGUCUUACAACAAGUCUUGCUAGUAAAGGCCAGUGUGUCAUCACUCUCCGCGUGGCUGUCAUGGGGAAGGGCGAAAUGAGCGACCCAUUUGACUUGUCUAACGUCUACCAAGUUCGUAUAACUGUGCUCGAUGUCAAUGAUCAGGCCCCCUUUUGGCCAGAAAACUUACAGCGCCAUGUUAUUGAAUUCCGUGAUGGUGAUCCGGUUGGAAAACGACAGUCUCUUCCUCUUGCCAUUGAUUUAGAUCAAGGAGAGAAUGCUAGAAUUUCUUAUGUGAUUGAACAAGACCCCCUUGAUGAGCCUUCGUCUGAGGGAUGGGAUCCUCUGCCAUUUAAACUGAUCCAUGACCAGUCUGAUGGAAAUCUAUACCUUCAGACAGAGAGGGAGAUUGAUCAUGAGGUGACUAGCUCGUACAAACUCGUUCUUAAGGCAACUGAUGGAGUCGAUAAAAGUCUACCUAAUUCUUUGAUCCCAGAACGCUUUCUUCGACAGCACACUUCCACUCUUGCUUUGACAGUUGUGGUGCAGGACAUCAAUGACAAUGACCCAAGAUUUACCCAACCGGUUUUUACGCCUGAUCGUCCAGUGUCAGAAGCAACGCCAGUGGGCUCCAUUGUGCUGAGAUUAAAAGCAACUGAUGCAGAUUCCGAUGAGAACGGCGCAUUCCACUUUGCGUUUGCACCAAACGUCGGAUGGAGGUCCAUGGAUAGUUUAGCUCAGCACCUUUUUGAUGUGCGACCGAAUGGCAAUGUGGUUGUCCGACGUCCGCUGGAUGUGGAUCGACGUUGGAAACUAGUUGAUGAUUUGAAGAAGAGCUUUAACUCCGAUUUAUUUGGUGGAGACAACGCAAAAGGAAUGGAAUUCAGUUUCAAAGUGGUCGUGGUAGACGAGGCUGACUCAAGGUAUGCUCGAUCUUCCGAGGCCACAGUAAACAUAGCGGUGAUGGAUGAGAACGACGAGGCUCCAGUCAUUAGUGUUUUGCGACCUACUACUUCCGAAGAAUGCAUCAAGUCCUUGGGGAAGCCGACGGGAGUCACUGGUAGUCGAUCCUCAGCUUCAACAUCCUUUGCGUGUGUCUUUGAAAAUGCACCCGUUGACACCUUUGUUGCCACCAUUCAGGCAAACAACAAGAACUUCACAUUGCUAUCUGAAGAACACGCCAGCACACGACUACCUGCCAACCAACUAACCCAUGCCUUUAAUAACCAGGGUCUUAAGAGUUCUGGUGUAUCCCAGUACGCAAUCGUAACAGCUGUCACACUAGAUCGAGAGACUACACCGUUUCAACAAAUUCAGGUCCUCUGCAGUGAUCGUGCAAACCAUCAAUCUGUGCACAACAUUACUGUCCUAAUAGGGGAUAUCAAUGAUCAUAAACCACGAUUCGUUCAGGCGGUAAUGACCUAUCAAGUGCUGGAGAAUUCACCUCCUGGAACAAUUCUGAAACCAAUGACCGUCGGUCCUUUGAGGAAUUCGGCGCCAUUAGCCUCCGAUGGAGAUGUUGGGAAGAAUGGAAUUGUAAAAUACAGCUUCAUCGAGGGAUCAAGAACUGCAGAUAAUUUUUCUAUUGAUCCCUUAACCGCUGUCAUUUCUACUCGUAGUCGAUUCGAUCGAGAAGAGAACGGAAAGUAUGUUUUUAGCAUUUUAGCAGUAGAUCAAUCUGGUGGUGGAAAUGCAUUGACGGGUACUGGAACUGUGGAGGUUAUGGUGCUAGAUGUGAAUGAUAAUCCACCCUCUUUUGUUCAAGAGACUUACACGUUUCAAAUAUCGGAGAACCUUCCCCGCGGAACUCGCGUCGGUCAGGUGACUGCUUUUGAUCUUGACGAUCAGGGUCCAGUCUUUUACUACCUUAGCAACGAUUACGACGCUCUUGUCUUCCAGAUAGAUAGAGUAUCGGGAGAGUUGUUUACUAGGAGACCUCUUGAUCGUGAAGACCAGUCAAAUUACACAUUCAAGGUCCUUGUUCGCGAUUUUACCAUGUCUAAUGGCGGCUUGGAGAAGAGGACUUUUACAGCUACCACUACGGUUACAGUUGUUCUGGAGGACGAAAAUGACAAUUCUCCAGUUUUUAUUAUUCCCAAUGCCACUGCAAACACUCUGAACGUGGCAGUUUGUCAAACUCUUGGGCACAAACUUGCUGUUAUAAUUGCUGACGACGUUGAUGAGGGUGAUAAUGGUCGCGUUACCUACAAAAUAAAAGCGGGAAAUUCUCUCAAUCUCUUUAGCAUUGAUCCCCAGUCUGGUCUCCUUUUUUUGGCUGAUUCGUUGUCACGCUUUAAUGAAGUUGGUAACAACUCUUCUACUGACGAGGCUGCAGCAGCUAGCGCAAUACAAUUCUCCACACAACCAACAGUUCAUGUGAUCACACUAGAAGCUUGUGACAGUGGUGUGGAGCCUCGUUGCACCGUAUCACCCAACCUCCGGAUCCACGUGCAACCAGAGCGAAGGCACAGAACAGAAGGCGAGAGUGGUGGAGGUGGAAGUGUUGGGACUGUCGCAGAAGAACAAGAGAAAUUUAGUUCUGAUUCGCGGAGCCCUAACAUGGCAUUGCAGCAUCCGGAAGGCGAUGUAACUGCAGAAUAUGGAGGUCAAUCGGAUUGGAAUGGCAUCAAGGUCUCGUCAGUUUAUGGUAAUGCUGGUGGACUGAGAGGGUGGUCGAAUGGUUCAAAUGAGAUAAUAAUCAUUUGCAUGUCCGUUCUCUUCGUGAUCCUCCUGGUGGCUGUUCUCGCGUUAACAUUACUUCUCCGCAAUUGCAAGAUAGGACCAGUCAAGCAAAUGAGUGUGUCGGCCACACAAAGAAGUCUGUGUCGUUCUAAGACGCCAACCUACCUUGGUACCAUUCCAUCAUCGCAAUCUGGUGUAGAGGGGGCUGAACCCGUAAUAGGCGCAUUCAAUUCUCCACCUCCUCACCAACUCCAGCCAUCACUUGGAGUUGGAGUUGACGAGGCAUCUGGUGGUGUAAUUCAAAGUCAGUCCGAAAUGAUCCUAUGUCGAAGGGCCGGUGGAAGUACGCUUCCGCAGAGUCACUCCUUCUUCGAAAUGCCCAAAUCACUGACUCAGGAGUUCACUACCUUUGUACCGGCUAGUCUAGACGGAUACCAAGGUGGGUGCAAGAAACAAGCCAGUACUGCAAGAAGCGCAGACCUUCUGCUACCCAUAAAGUACGCUCGGAUACCAAAUAACAAGGAGAUUACCUCACAAGGCCAGUCUGUAGGCACAAUUUUUGUCGGUCAUCCUUAUGCGGUGUCUAGGAAUGAUGCCGUCUGUUAUGGAGAAUAUCAAGCGUUGCAAGCCACCGGUUUGUAUACGCUGGAGAAAAGCUCCGAGAGCCAACAAAACCAAAUUCUUGGGCAGAGCGAUCAACCAACUCAGGUGAUAACCUUUGGACAGAAUAUCUCCUGCAUGCCUCGAUUUCUUACUUCCGGAGGUCGUGCAAGACCACAGGGCGAUGAUAGUUUUUCAAUGCAAUGCGUUGCUGAUUGUCAUCCACAAGUCGCCUACACCUUUGACCGUUACGUAGGGUUGACAACUAACCAAAGCUUUCCAACAAAUACCGUCGAUCUCCACCUCUUUGACCAACAACAACAGCAGCAACCUAACGGACCCAGAGCACAAAGAUUGUACGUUCGCAAUUUCCCUCGCUCCAAAUCGGCACACACUGUGGCGGUGUUAGCGACUAGCAAGUCGACCAAGGGCGGUGGGGAGAGUUCUGAGGGUGGAGUUAUCAAGACUACUGACAACUGUGGCGAGGAGAGUAUGGUGUUUUUGUUGCCGGAAAAAGAGGAUCUUUUGGAAAUAGGUGAACCUCUAUCUUUCACCGAGGAGCGUUCUGAUGGCUUUCCAUCCUCGGAGGGGCAACAACGGCUGAGUAGCGCAAGCGGCAGCAAAUUAGUCGCGUUAGCUUAUCGAGAAGCCAGUUUCGUUUAA